UCCAUAAGUUUGUACAUGUUUUUCUUUAAGGGCACCACAAAGCUGAGCUGUAACGUGCAGGCGGAGAAUGCCACAAAAACUUUGAUCUGUGACCUCGGUAAUCCUAUGAAAAGUGGUGCACAGAUAUCGGCAACGUUCCAUUUCAUGGUUCACAACUUGGACCAGGUGGAGAAUAUCACGCUCAGCAUGCAGAUUAAAAGUAAAAACAUACGAAAUUCCAGCAGUGAGGAGAUCUAUUUGACGUUUCCUGUUCAAGUUGUGACCCAGAUUUAUCUAACAGGGGCUUCACUACCUGAGAACAUUGUCCUCCCCUAUGUUGAUCUAGAGUCAUCUGCAGAUCUAGAAGUGAAGAAUGAGCCUCUGCCAAUGAUACAGCACACCUAUGAGCUACGUAACAAUGGUCCAUCAGCAAUUAGUGGUGCUGUACUUGAAAUUGACUGGCCUGCAGCUUUCCUUGGUAACAGUCUACUGUUCAAAUCGAAGAUCAUUCCAUGGGGCCAAAUCAACUGCACAGUGAACACUUCCAAUGCUGAAAAUUGGGUAGAAACAAUGAGUACAAUGAAUCCAUUGUCUAUUACUACUGAGAACUCCCGACAUAACUUAAAUAAAAGAGAUGUCAGCAAAGUAGAAAAUACAAUGGAGGAGAUCAUCUUUAAUUUGACUUGCACCACCGUGACCUGUGUGAAAAUUAUGUGCCGCGUGGGACUUCUGGAGAAAGAGAAGCGAGCUGUGAUAAACAUAAACUCUCAGCUCAGGAUGGAGUUCUUUGUGCAGAACCAUAAGAAACAGUUUACAUUCCAGUCCAAAGCAUCAUACAUUGUGCAAGAAGUGCCAUACAAAGUACAGCCUGUAGAAUUUCCCAGUGACAACACGAUGGUAGUAACUCGAAUUGACCGCAGUGGUCCUGAGGUUGUUUUACCCAUACCUGUCUGGUGCAUUAUAGUUGCUGUUCUUGGUGGUCUGCUCCUUGUGGCUCUGAUGGUAUUCAUCCUUUGGAAGUGCGGAUUUUUCAAACGGAAACUGCCACCAACUGAAAGGGAAGAGUUGCUGUAACGUGCAACCCACUCCUAUCCUCCUCAAGAAACUGCAGCCUCUCCAAAUCUUAUUACAACUCAUGGAGUCAAAUUCCACUUUGGUCUUCAGGUGCACAUGGGAAGCUUGCUGUUGUCUGAUUUUUCACCAUUAAUUUCAGAAAAAAUUGCAGGAAAGGCAAUACUCAUGUAUCCAUUAGGAACUUCCAUGAGUUGAGUUUCCUACUGGCGACUUGUGUUGAAAAUGGUUCCUGUCAUAUUUUCAAUGCUGUGAACAGUUUUAAAAAUAUCUGUUAAUCUUGUAAAAUCUUUCGGCCCAGAUUAUAUAUCAAGACAAUCGAGAAGUGAGAGGAAAUGGCAACCUCACUGGACUAGUAACCUAGGGGUCCAGACUCAUACUUUGGAGAGAUGGGUUCAUCACAAUGUCGCCUCAUCAGCUGAUGGAGUGCAAGUUCAAUCAAUAAAAGUCUGGAAUUGAAAGCUAGUCUCAGUGAUGGUAACCAUGAAACUCCAAUAAAUUGGUGUGAAAAGCUCAUCUGAUUUAUUAUUGUCCUUAAGGGAAUGAAAUCUACUGUCCUAACCUGGUCUAGCCCUAUGUUUGACUCCAGAUCAAGAGCAAUAUGGUUGACAUCAAAAUGGCCUUGUAAACCAGGGUGUUCAAGAGUAAUUGGGGGUUGGGCAACAACUGCUCACUAAAACCCACAAAAGGAAUUUUAUAAAACUCUGGAAGUGAGCAAUUUUUUGAAGUAAACCAUUGUCCCAGAGCAGGCAGAUAGCAAUCACAUCCUUAUGUGUUAUGACGCUAGACCAGAUUUAGCUCAAGCUUGUUUUGCUGUAUAUAACGGGCGAAUUGAUUUAACCAUGAUUAAUUUGCAAAAUUGUAAAUGUAUCCAGCCCCUUCCCAUUCUAUUCUUCUCAUUCUUUUGCUUUGGCCAUCACAACUGGUCCUUUAUCCAGUGCACUCUACCUUGUUUUUCCAUUAGACCAAAGGCAAGCAGUCCUUCCAGCAUUUCAGUGCAUGGAUCUAGUAUAUUAUCAAACUAGAGAUUCACACUAGGUUGUCUUAACUUAUAUUGUAUAAGUUGCCAUAUCUCUUAUAGCUUCUGAUUUUCCCAAAUAUUAUGCUUAAACAAAUUGCAACUUGAGUCAUAUAGUCAUAUAGCAUGGAAACAGGCCUUUGGUCCAACUUGUCCAUGCUGACCAAGUUUCCCAAGCUGAACUAGUUCC